UUCUUUUUUUUUUUGAGGGAAGGAGGGAAGUAAUAGUAGUUGUAGGAGGACCAUUAACUCAAAAGUCUUUCCUCGUCUUUAGAAUGCACUAGCUAGCUGCUGCAGCACACAAUUUCCAAAGAUCAAACCUCAUCAUCAUCAGUAACACACAAUCAUCAUCAUCAUCAUCAGCUUCAUCUUCUUCUCCUUCUUCUUCAAUCACAUACAACUUUUCAUUUGGACAAAAGAUUUCACAAUCACAAUCAAUAGAAGAAGUUGGUCAUGAGUUGUUGCUUUUUCUUCUUCAGAAGAAAGGAAGACCCAUCAGUUAGGCGAAUAGUUGAAAUUGAUGAAGUUUUGUCAUGCCUCCACAAUGUUAGACUGUUCAGUUACAGGGAACUGCGAAUCGCAACUGAAAAUUUCAGUCCUGGGAAUAAAAUUGGUCAGGGAGGUUUUGGUUCUGUCUACAAGGCAAAAUUGAAGGACGGGACCCUGGUAGCUAUAAAGGUAUUGUCAGCCGAAUCAAGCCAAGGCGUGAAGGAAUUUUUGACAGAAAUCAAUGUGAUUGCGGAUAUAGAGCAUGAUAACCUUGUUAAAUUACAUGGUUGCUGUGUUGAGGAAAAUCAGAGAAUUUUAGUCUAUGGAUAUCUUGAAAAUAACAGCCUUGAACAAACACUUCUUGGUGGAAGUCGUAGUAACAUCCAAUUUGGUUGGCCAACAAGGCGUAGAAUUUGCAUUGAUGUGGCACAGGGGCUGGCUUUCCUACACGAGGAGGUCCAGCCGCAUAUCAUUCACAGAGACAUCAAAGCUAGCAAUGUCCUCCUUGACAAGGGUCUUGGGGCAAAAAUAUCAGACUUUGGUCUUGCAAAGAUCAUUCCAGCUAAUCUCACCCAUAUUAGUACUCGUGUGGCUGGAACAGUAGGUUACCUAGCACCUGAAUACGCCAUACGAGGUCAGGUUACAAGGAAAGCAGACAUAUACAGUUUUGGUGUUUUGCUACUUGAAAUUGUUAGUGGGAGGUCCAACACAAACAGGCGGUUACCAGCCAACGAACAGUAUCUUCUUGAAAGGGCAUGGAGAUUGUAUGAGAGUGGGGAGCUGGACGAGUUGGUAGACUCGUCACUAAACGAUGAUCUCGAUCUUGAGGAAGCUAGGAAAUUUCUAAAGAUUGCUCUUCUAUGCACUCAAGACAUGCCAAAGCUCCGGCCACCAAUGUCUACAAUAGUUGAAAUGCUAACCGGGAAAGUAGAAGUGAAUGACAAGGAAAUAUCUAAACCCGGAUUGCUGUCUGAAUUCAUGGAGAUGAAAGAUAGAAAAGGUGAAAGGAAUAAGAUCAAUUCAACGUCUUACAUGGGGUCUGCAAACUCAGGUUCUUCAGGCAUGACUACAGUUGCUACAAUGACUUUUACUUCUAUACUUGACCGAAGUAAUUAAGGUCUAGCAACACUGCCUUCUGGUGUUUGUUUGGUCAUUGUUUCGAACGCCUAAUGUUUUUUUUCCUCUGCAAAUGAGUGAAGUUUUGCUAUCAAAAUUGGAUAGAAAGUCCUUCCUAAAAUGCUAACCAAACAAUUCCUUUAUACGUGACAUAUUUUGAUCUAUAUAUUGUGUAAAUUCUUUUAACAAAAUGGUCUGGAAGUUUUUUAAUUUUUUCUUCAAUGUCCAGUUCCGGCAUAUUGCUAUGUUCCAUCUAGUACAGUUGUACAUUGUAAGACUCACCUGUAACAAGGUUUAUGAAAUGCGUUGGAAUUUCCAACCCAAGUCCUUAUUACUGUUUC